AAAUAAAAUGUAGUGCCCUGUGCCCAAAUAUUUAUAAUUUUAUACCUGAUUCCUGAACCUCAGAACCUGAUACGGUGAGGUGAGGUGAGCAGUUGAGACUUGAGAGAGGCGAGAGCAGAGAAUCAGAGAGAGGCUGAGGCUUGAGCCUUGAGCUGUUGUCUGUUGAGCGAACAGUGGAGACUGGAGACUAGAGAGAGGCGGAGAGCAGAGACUAGAGAGAAAGUAAAGUAUUUUUAGAAGAAGUGUAAACAGCCACUUUUUUUGUCCAAUGGCAUUGGUGGUAAUCUGUGGGCAACCAUGCAGUGGGAAGUCCACAGCUGCCCUCUUCCUAGCUGAAGCUCUCAAAGAGUCAGAAUCAAAGCAAACAGUCAGGAUCAUUGAUGAAAGUUCCUUUCAUCUUGAUCGCAAUCAGAGUUAUGCCAAUAUGACUGCAGAGAAGAAUUUAAGAGGGGUGCUUAGGUCUGAAGUUGAUAGAUCAGUGUCAAAAGAUAAUAUAAUAAUAGUAGAUUCUUUGAAUAGUAUAAAGGGUUACAGGUAUGAGUUGUGGUGUUUGGCUCGUGGUGCAGGAAUAAGAUACUGUGUUCUCUAUUGUGAUGCGGAAGAAACCCAUUGCAGAAAAUGGAAUGAAGAACGAAGGGAGAAAGGAGAAGCUGCAUAUGAUGCUGAAAUUUUUGAAGAUUUGGUAAGAAGGUUUGAGAGACCGGAUAGAAGAAAUAGAUGGGAUUCCCCUUUGUUUGAGUUAUGGCCACAUAAAGAUGGAAUAGAGAAAUCCUCUGCCGCUGUUUUAGAUGCUGUUUCAUAUUUGACAAAGAAGGUGGACUCAAAAACACAGGAUGUAAAAAUUUUACAGCCAACAAUCGCAACACAAAGUGUACGAUUUUCAGAGGCAAAUUCUCUAUACGAACUGGAUAGAGCAACACAGGAGGUGACUAAUGCUAUUGUGGAAGCACAAUCCCAGGCACUUGGAGGGCCAAUAAAUGGGGUAUCUCUUGGCCAGGGAUUACCAACUAUCAAUAUCUCAAGAUCAGUUGGGCUACCAGAACUACGUAGGCUGCGACGAACUUUCAUUAAAUUGACUGGGCAGACGAGUUUAAGUGGCCCACCACCACCAUCUGAUGCAGACAGUGCCAAGAGGAUGUUUGUGGACUACCUGAACAGGGAAUUAGGAGCUACUUGAAGGAGUAUGAUGUGGAUGAUGUUAGAGUAAUGUAUUAUGGAAGGUCUCUUUGUACUAAAUUGAUUUUUGAUGUGGACCAGUAAGUUAUUUUUGCACUUGCAUUCUAGGUAAUGUUAGAGUUGGAGUUUUUCUACCAACAAAUAUAUAUGAUGGGGCUUGCUUUUCAUAGGGUUUGUACCAUGCCUUUUGCUUUGAAUUUUUAUCAAGUUGUUUGUUAGUGGGACCA